AUGGUAUCUUCUUUUGAUCACGACCCUUCUAAAGCUCAACGAGAAUUAUGGCAAAAUGAGCAGAUUGCGUUAAGUGCACGCAUUAGCUUAAAUGACGAAAAUCUUGAUUUUGAUCCCAAAACGCUAGAUGGCUUAAAAUACAUUGGCGGUGUCGAUUUAAGCUUCCCAGAGAACGACUUUGAGCAUGCACUUGCAUGUCUCUCCAUUCUCUCAUGGCCCAGUCUUGAGGUAGUUCAUACGUCUUAUUUGGAAACAGAACUCCACCUUCCUUACAUUGCAGGCUACCUAGCGUUCCGUGAAGUUGAUCCAUUGCUAAAGCUACUCAAGCAACUCCAAAAGGAACACGCAGAACUAUACCCACAAGUAAUCCUUGUUGACGGCAACGGUCGUCUUCAUCCACGCACCUGCGGUAUUGCUUGCCAUUUAGGCGUGCUUGCUAAUACACCCACGAUAGGCGUAGCCAAAAACUUUCUCGUGAUCACAGACGGCGCAGAACUCACCAUGAGUCAUGUUAAGCAGCAGUGUCGUACACAGCUCAAAAAGCGGGGCGAUCGUCUGCUGCUUCAAGGAGGUGACACACACAUCAUGUACGGCGCAGCAUUACGUACUACCGACGCUGCUCCAAACCCAAUCUUUGUGAGUCAGGGGCAUCGUGUCAGCCUUGACAUGGCGCUACGGAUUGUCCUUGCCAGUUGCAAGUUCCGUAUCCCCGAACCGAUCCGGCGAGCUGAUUUGGAUAGCCGAGCUUAUAUUCGGCAACAGCAGUUCCCAGCCAUUGUUGGGUAUGCAUUGCACUUGCACGUGACACGACAAUCGUUUUGGGCACUUGGCGUAUACGGCACAGUUGUGUUCUGCUUCAUUGUGCUACAAUUGACAUUUGCUUCGCUGAAUCGAUAUCUUUUGUACCGCUACCGCAAACGAUCACCAUCACCUGUAUCUGCACGCAAACAAGAAGAAUAUCCUCAGCAGCAGCAAACACGCAAAGCAACCAAGGUUGGAUUGGCUGUCGUUGGAUAUCGUGAAGAGCCAAUGCUCUUUGCCCAAUGCUUGGAAUCGAUACAGCGAAUGGAAUAUCCGGACCCGUUCAAAAUUGUUGUCGUGAUAGAUGGAAAGGAUCCGCAAGAUCAUGAAAUGGCUGCCAUUUUCGAAAAGGCUUUUCCCAACAACCCCGUUGUGGUAUUGCCCCACUUGCUAUCAGAUCAAGACACGAACAACACGAUGAGCGAAAUCGACGAGACAAUACUCAAUAAUGAAAAGCCAGCAGCAGCAGCAGCAGCAGCAGCAACGAUAGCGAUGCCAUUACCCUCCCAUCAACAAUCCCAACCACAACACCAACAAGCAUCCAAAGCAAGUAGCAGCAGCAGCAGCAGUAGUAGUAAUAGGAGUAGCAGCCCAGCACUCUAUGGUGAACGGGUCAUUCUACCUACCGAUACCCGCGCGGUGUGCUAUCUCCAGCCGCACCGCGGCAAGCGGCAUGCCAUGUACACUGCGUUCAGAGUUCUGAUGGCAGCGGGAUGCGAUGCAGUCAUGUCCACAGACUCGGAUACCCGGUUUGACCCACAAGCACUGAUCGAGCUCGAGCGGGCGCUGUACUGGCAUCCCAAGACGGGCGCGGCGGCAGGCGAUGUACGCAUCUGGAAUUCGAGUGACAGUCUGUUGAGUUUCAUGUCAUCUUUGCGAUACUGGAUGGCGUUCAAUAUCGAGCGGGCUGCUCAGAGUUUUAAUCGAUGUGUGACAUGUGUCUCGGGACCUAUGGGCCUUUAUCGAACCAAUGUUUUGGCCCAAGUGCUGGAUGAUUGGAUCAAGCAACGUUUCCUUGGCAUGGAAUGCACGUAUGGCGAUGAUCGACAUCUCACCAACCGAGUUUUGAUGCGUGGAUAUCGUGUGGUAUACACCCACUAUGCGUUUUGCGAGACUGAAACACCGAUCAACUUUUUGCGUUGGUUCAAGCAACAGACGCGCUGGUCCAAAAGUUUCUACCGGGAGCUCAUCUGGAACGCCCGGUGUCUGCACAAGCACAGUCCAUGGAUGGCAGCCGAACUGUUUUACCAAGGCGUGUACCCGUUUGUGCUCCUGUUUUCGAUCUUUUACAUUCUGUGGGCCCACGCACCGUUUGUCUUGGCCGUCUGGCUUGUCUCACUGAUGGCGAUUGCGUGCAUCAAGACCUUGUAUUCGUUUAUCGUCACACGUUCGCUCCGCUUCUUGGCGUUCCCAAUGUACUCGAUUUACUAUCUGAUCGGACUCGUGCCGGCCAAACUGUGGGCACUCGUGUCGUUAUGGGAUGUCGGUUGGGGCACAAGUGCGCGGUCAGCCGCUGAACGCAAGCUCGAGAAUGUCUUGUGUCUGCAAGUCAAGGAAGCGCUACCCAUUGUCCUGUGGAUUCUUGUUAUUGUCGCAGGCAUCACGUUUAAUCUGUGCGUCUUCUUUCUCAAUCCGAGUGUCAACGGUAGACCUGGCAACGGUAAUAUCAGCAGCAACGCUCCCAACGUGCCAGAUCCAAACAGCAUCGUAUUCUAUCCUAAUUAUGCUCAACAGCCACCCUACAUGUAA